GUGAGGAAUGGCUGAAAACUGACGGUGAUCUCCUGCAAGGAAACAUACCAGGACAGAAAAUGAUUGUCCGGUAUGUUUAACUGAAGAUUUCACUGUCACCGGAUCAGCUUCUUAGCGACGCGUUAACAGCCACCGCUAGUUUUUUUUUCGGGGGGGUUAUUUAAUGGGACAACGAAAACGCAAAAAACGCAAGGUAGGCUACCGCUCCUGUCGCCAGCACUGCUACUUUAUUUUCAUGGACUAAUACGACACACAGGGGGUUGAGAAAUGUUUCACAGCAAGGUAAAUCGCUCGUCUUCGUCUUCUUUCUAACACUAACUAGACGUUAGCGUGGAUAUUUUUGGUCAGGCUCGUUAAUGUACGAAGUGUUUGAACGUUACAUUUUGUAUUGAAAAGCGUCGGUUAGGCUUCAUCUCUUCAUGCCUCAACCGACCAAACCACAUGAGAAGUCGACGUCCGGAAUAGAUUAAACCACUAACAAAGCCUCCCCUGUCCGCCUUUUUGUGUCGCUUUCACCUGAACCGACGAGGAGAAAAUGCGUGUGGAUUUGUUUUGGAUAUGUUUGUGGUGUUUCCUUCGUCCUGGUGCCACCGGUCAAGGGCAGUCGACGGCCGUUUGUUCGCCCUCAUGCAGCUGCGAUGAAGAUGGAGGUGCAGACUGCUCCGGGAGAGGACUGACCAUCGUCCCAACCGGGCUCAGCGCUUUCACCUACUACCUUGACCUGAGCAUGAACAACAUCACUGAGCUUCCAGCAUAUGUAUUCAAGAACUUCCCCUAUCUGGAAGAACUACGACUUGCGGGGAAUGACCUGUCAUUCAUCCACCCUGAAGCCCUGUCUGGACUGCAUCAGCUCAAAGUCCUGAUGCUCCAGAAUAACCAGCUAAAGACUGUGCCCAGUGCAGCCCUGAAGACCCUUCAUUCUCUCCAGUCUCUUCGCCUGGAUGCGAACCAUAUCACCACCGUUCCAGACGACAGUUUUGAAGGCCUUCAGCAGCUGCGCCACCUCUGGUUGGAUGACAACAACCUGACGGAGGUCCCCAUCAGUUCCCUGAGACACCAGGCGAACCUUCAGGCUCUGACGCUGGCACUCAACUGCAUCUCGUACAUACCAGACAACGCCUUCGCAAACCUCACCAGUCUAGUUGUGUUGCAUCUUCACAACAACAGAAUUAAAGAGAUAGGAGACAACUGUUUUGCUGGACUCUUGAACCUGGAGACACUAGAUCUGAACUUCAACAACCUGAUGGUUUUUCCCAAAGCAAUACAGGCCCUGCCUAAACUGAAGGAGCUCGGCUUUCACAGCAAUGAUAUUGCUUCCAUACCUGAACGGGCCUUCAAUAACAACCCCCUGCUGCGAACCAUACAUCUCUAUGACAACCCUCUGUCCUUCGUGGGCGCGUCAGCUUUCCAGAAUCUGUCGGACCUGCACUCCCUGAUGUUGCGUGGGGCCAGUAUGAUGCAGGACUUCCCCAUCCUUACAUGGACUAAUAACCUUGAGAGUCUUACCCUGUCAGGAACCAAGAUCUCGUCCAUCCCCGCUGAUCUGUGUGAGGAUCUCAAGUUGCUUCGGACACUAGACCUGUCCUACAAUGAGGUCGAGGGGCUUCCGUCCCUCCAGGGCUGCGUCCUACUGCAGGAGAUAAGCUUUCAGCACAAUCAUAUUCAAGAAAUUGAAAGGGACACUUUCCAAGGUCUCUCUGCUCUCCGUUUACUAGACCUGAGUAGAAAUGAAAUCCGGGUUAUCCACAGAGACGCUUUCCUCACCCUUACUGCUCUCACCAACCUAGAUCUGAGUAUGAACUCUCUGACUGUGAUUCCAACGACUGGACUGAGCGCCCUCAGUCAGCUAAAACUCUCAGGGAACCCACAGAUGAAAAAUGUGCUGACAGCAAAAAACCUACCCAAACUCAGGUCCAUCUCUGUCCCUUACGCCUACCAGUGCUGUGCAUUUGUUGGAUGUGACUCAAUGACGAGUUCCUCUGAGGAAAAUGACGUAAAGAAAUCUACAGCAGGAGAGGAUGUGGAAAGAAUCUCAAUGAUUAUGCACUGCUCCCCUUCACCAGGAGCUUUCAAGCCUUGUGAGCACCUCCUGGGUAACUGGAUGAUUCGUCUGACAGUCUGGUUCAUCUGCCUGGUGUCGCUGGUCUUUAACAGCCUGGUGCUGGUGGCGACCUUCUCCCCCGCACAGCGAGCUGCAGGCCAUUCCCACUCCCUCACUGUAUCUCUCUCUCCAGCCAGGCUGCUCAUGGGGCUGCUGGCCCUGGCCAAUCUGCUUACAGGUGUGUAUGUCGGCGUGCUGACCGUGCUCGAUGUUGCUACCUGGGGCUCCUUCGCGGAGUUUGGUGUGUGGUGGGAGAUGGGGCCUGGCUGUCAGAUCACAGGAGCUCUGGCCGUCUUCUCAUCAGAGUGGGCAGUAUUGUUACUGUCACUGGCAGCUGUAGAGCGCAGCGUUGCCGUGCGGACGAUUCUCGGGAAAGUAAUGAUGUCGCCCAGGAGGAACGGCGGCAGCCAUGGCGGAUGCUGGAGAGGAGAUCGACGCUUCAGCCUGGCUGCAGGACUACUGGGGCUGCUGGCUGCUGCCGGAGCCUGCCUGCCUCUCCUGACCUCCAGCGACCAGUCGGCCUCUCCUCUCUGCCUGCCCUUCGCUGGGGGUGAGAGUCCAGCUCUGAGUGUCACAGUGGUUCUCGUGCUGCUCAACGCACUUGCUUACCUGUUCACUGCAGCUGUUUAUACCCAGCUGUACUGCCACCUGGGCAGGGUGGAGCUGGCUGAUCCAGAGCAGACAGGUGCCCUGCGACAUGUAGCCUGGCUCAUCUUCACCAACUGCAUCUUCUUCUGCCCUGUGGCAGCUUUCUCCUUCGCCCCUCUCUUGACAGGCUCUACAGCUGGCGGCCCAGAGAUCGCCAAGUCUGUUACUCUCAUUUUCUUCCCGCUGCCUGCGUGCCUGAACCCAGUGCUGUAUGUGUUCUUCAGCCCGGCCUUCAGGGAGGACUGGCUGAGACUACGCGGCCGCGGAGGUUUCACCAGGGAGGUGAAGGCUGGUGCUGAAAGUCAUGGAGACGAAGGUGGUGGAGGGUCAGAGCUCACAGACGGGGGCUCCUCCACCCACCUGGGCUUUGACUGUGGGGUGUACUCACAGCUUUGUGGAGAGACAGUUGUAUGCGAGCAGUGCGAGGCAGCGCUGCAUGCCAGGACCUGCUCUUCCCCCUCAUCCUCCACAGUCUGUAGACACUUGGUGAAGUCUCACAGCUGUCCCACCCUCCUGGCGGGAGCUGCAGUGUGCCCGCGUGCAGAGGGGUUUUGGGCAGACAGCGGCACUCCCUCCGCUCAGUCUGAGUACGCCGACGAGGGGGACUCAUUUGUGUCGGACAGCUCGGACCAGGUUCAGGCCUGCGGCAGAGCCUGCUUCUGUCAGACCAGAGGCCUUCCUCUUGUACACUAUUCAUACAAUAUACCUCGAGUCAAGGACUAAGGACGCUUCAGAACUCCACUAUAUGCACAGAUCUCUGUCAUGUGAAUUUAGAUGCUACAAGAAUAUGUAAACCUUUUUAUAUAAAGAAAAAUGUGCCAACUACCCUGCUCAAAGACUAUUGAGCAAGCACUUAAGAAAACAGAAGCAACCAAUCAUUUAAAGGGAACUUGGAUACCAUUUCUAAAUGAGCUGAACUGAGCACAUCAUGUUACACAAUGGUCGACAAAGGAUCUUGCAAUGGAAAAUCUUGCCACCAGUGCCUUCCGAGUGGAUAUCAUGAUUUUGCGAGCUUCAAUUUAUGUGUCGAAGACUUUAUGGUUCCUCUGUUUUACCUGUACUUUUAAGCUUUUUAAAUUUUAAUUGUUAUACAUCAUGUCAAUUUUUAAAGCUUCUCCACAGCAACUGUCGAUUUUAUACUUAGAAUUUUUGUUUAAAUAUAAAUGUAGCAAAUGUAAUAAUAAUCCUAGACUUUCUCUGUUUGAAUGUAACUUUCAGGCGGUCUUCACCCAUCAGAGGGGAAUAAUGUAACGUCACCGAUAACUUCUUCCCUACCUGCGAUCAUACUCUUAUCAGUGUGAGAAUGGUGAAUGCUAGUCUAUAAUAAACACUUCUUUGCUUUAAGUUACUAAGACUGAGAAUGUGAUGAAAGUAGCAGAUAUCACUGUUUUAGCAACAACUAUGCUUGGCGGUUUUGAAAGAUUUUAUUUAUUGUGUGAGCAGCAGGAGUGUCUGGGUGGAGACGAUUUCAGGUGUAUGAAAGGUGGCCUUUGAAUGAUGAAUAUACAAUAUAACCCUAAACAUUCACCAAAACAGCAGCACCUCUUUUUCUUAUCCUUCGCAGAAAGCUAAUACAUACACAGGUUUAGGUCAUUAUUUUCAAUAGUCUGAAGGAAAAUUCCUGUUAUUUUCAAAUCUGGGCCUUUUUUUUAUUUAGUUAUUUUUUUCAUCAUGCUCUUUGAUUUGGAACAAAGUUUUUAUUUCUUAACUGCAGAGCUAUAGAAAACAUACAAACACAGUAAAAUAACACUUAAAUGAGACCUAUUUUAUCUGAUGUUUCAGCUUAUUUUUGGCUGACAGAACAAUGGCUGACCUAUUGCUCUAUUGAAUACUGCGUCAAAAGCUGAAUGAUUAAACAAAGAAGAAGAAACCUAUUAAUUAGUGAGUUUUGGAUAUACUGGUAGGUGGAUUAUGUUCCCUCCAGAUACAUUAAGGCUAGCUGCUUGCGCCUGUUCCAAACUUUAUGCUAAGCUAACAUAAGCAUACAGAUAUGAGAGUGGUUUCUCAUUUCUCAUAUAACUCUGGGGGAAAA